GGGGAUCAGUAGCAGUAAGGUAACAGUGUUGGGUUACGGGCUGCUCACCACAGAUGCACGCCCCCUGGUGGAGGCUCUGACCAGACAGAGGUUUAAUGUGGUGGUGGUGGAUGAGUCCCACUACCUCAAGUCCAGGAACGCAGCCAGGUCUAAGAUACUGGUACCACUCAUCCAGAACGCCAAGCGGGCCAUCCUACUGACGGGCACCCCGGCCCUGGGACGGCCAGAGGAGCUCUUUAUGCAGAUAGAGGCUCUCUAUCCUAGGAUGUUUGGAACGUGGAGUGACUACGCCAAACAAUACUGUAACGCCCACUACAGGUUCUUUGGUAACAGGAGACAGUGGGACUGUUAUUGUCUGUCCCUCCCAGGUUCUUUGGAAGUUGAUGGGACAGUCGUGGUGCCUCUCAUCUAG